ACUUUGACCUAGGGAGAUCAAAGGAUAUGGUGAAGGAUUUAAGUGGCUGAAAUUAGCAAAUCCAGAAAUUCAAUAUUUUUUAAAUUUGAGAGGAAAGUCUUCACAGAGCAAAAAGGAAUUGCUUUUCUGUCCUAAAUCAGGAGAUAGAAAACAAACCCUUCAACAAGAAGAAACGCAACCAUAACACCAUUAUGCAAGUGGAUAACCAGGUCUCUCCAGGGAAAGUUCCAUACUUUUGUUCCAUUCGUUAUGGAAUUGCUGUCUUCCUGCUCCUCUGUAAUGUUAUAGUAAUGUCACAGCGUGUAUGUAUGAGCCUCACGAUGAUAGCCAUGGUGAACAGCACGGAGCCACAUGGUUUGUCCAACACCUCCACAAAGGAGCUCCAGGAUAACAUAAAGAACCCUGUGUAUAACUGGAGCACUGACAUGCAGGGGAUCAUGUUAAGUUCCAUCUUCUAUGGUAUACUCAUCAGCCAAAUUCCUUCAGGAUAUUUAUCUGGAAUAUACUCUUUAAAGAAAAUGAUUGGUUUUGCAUUAUUUCUCAGUUCUCUAUUUACCCUGCUCCUCCCACUCGCAGCUGAACUUGGAGAAAUUUGGGUCAUUAUAUGCCGAGUAAUCAAGGGAAUGUUCCAGGGGAUAACCUUAACAACUCAGCAAGUAAUAUGGAUCAAGUGGGCUCCUCCCUUGGAACUAACGCGACUUACUUCUCUGAGUUUGUCAGGACUUCUACUAGGACCCUGUAUUGUCCUGCUUAUCACUGGAUUCAUCUGUGACUCCCUGGGAUGGCCCAUGGUCUUUUAUAUUUUUGGUGCUUGUGGCUGCGCCUUAAGUGUUCUCUGGUUCAUUCUGUUUUAUGAGGACCCAAAGGACCACCCAUAUAUAAGCAUCAGAGAGAAGGAAUACAUCACAUCCGCUCUCACCCAGCAGGUCAGCUCAAGUACACCCAUCAAAGUGCCCAUCAAAGCUAUGCUGAAGUCUGCUCCACUCUGGGUCAUUUCCCUCUGUGGUUUUGCUUUUUUCUGGUCAAAUACCUUCCUGAGUAUUUAUACACCAAUAUAUAUUGACUACAAGCUUCAUGUCGAUGUAAAAGAGAAUGGGCUGCUGUCUUCUAUCCCCCAUUUGUUUGCCUGGAUUUUUGCUGUCCUAGCAGGUUAUAUGGCAGACAUCUUCCAGACCAGGAAUACUUUCAGUCUAGUCACCAUCCGGAAACUCUUCACCUCGCUAGGACUUCUCCUGCCUUCCCUCUUCAGCCUCUGCCUGCUUUACCUGAGUUCCAACUUCUAUAGCACUGUAAUUUUCCUGAUACUUGCUAAUUCAACAGGAAGCUUUGCUAUGGGUGGACUAAUGAUAAAUAUCGUGGAUAUCGCUCCCAGAUAUUAUGGAUUUCUUAGAGGAAUUACAAAUGUAAUUGGACUAACAGGAGGACUCAUUUCUUCCACUGUGAUUGGAAUCAUCCUUAGUGAGGAUGCAGAAUCUCCCUGGCUUAAAAUCUUCCUCCUGAUGAUAGGCAAUAACAUGAUAAGCCUAAUCUUCUACCUUAUAUUUGCUAAAGCAGAAGUUCAAGACUGGGCUAAAGAAAGACAAAACACCUAUCUCUGAAGGCUGCUGCUGGAGAGCCAGGAGUUGAAAUCCGCUUUUCAGACCCUAGCCAAGACCCUAGACAGCUCAGGGAACGCAAGCCCUGGUGAUGUGAUAGUUCCGGAGACAUUUUCCUCAGCCUUGUCUUCUGUUUUCGCGUGCUACUGGUUGUUUCUUCCCUCACCUACGUCUUAAGGGGUGUCAGCCGUUAGGCAGUGCUCAGGCAUUGUGUUUCCGGAAUCGGUGGUAUUUCUCGCGGCGGUCAAACUGAUACACUGUUGCAAAGUUGGUCAAUCUCCACUUCCCAUCUUCAUUUAAGAAUCUGAGGGAAAAGAAGAAAGGGCUGAGUCACAGCCACAUGUUUCUCCUGGAACCCAGAAGCCACUGCUAAAGGGCAUGGGACGCCACAAUUGCAAGGGUCUAUCUGGUUCCUAGAUGCACUUCCUCCUGGUGGAAGGAUAUAGCAGCCCCUGGCCCUGUGGCGUUACCCUCUCUUACUUCCAGAGGAAUGCACCUACCUUUUCAGUCUGGUAUACAUCUGUGAGUUUAUUUCCGAUGUCGCUUUUUCAUUUGGUCCUCAUUGUUUUGAAUUUAGCAAGUGGUCCUCAUUGUUUUGAAUUUAGUAAAUAGUCCUUGUUGUUUGGGGCAUGAUGUAGUUCUCCAUUCUUUAUAAUUUUUUGAUUUUGCAUCUUUGAAUGUAUUUCAGUGGGUUCCAGAUAUAAUAGUUGUAUAAAGAGACAUACAUUCUGCCUGUGAAGUCCUUUAGAGCAAGGCUGCUUAACUUUUUUGUGAUGGGCUUCAAUUCAGAAUAUAAUGCAGAGAACUCCAAAGGAGAAUGAUUAUGCUGAAAGUCAUCAAAGAUAUUUAAAAGUGUGUUUAUGAUCAUAUAUAUGCUCCUUUAUUAAUUCAUUAAAUAAUGAGAACUAACUACCAGCCUAGUAGAGCUACUGUAAUUUCAAAAUAGUGUUGAGCAAAACAAUGUAUUUUGAGAUAUUGAAAUAUUUUGAGAUGUUUGAGAUAUUGAGAUAUUAAUUACUGUAAUGUCAUAAGAAAAUAUCUGUGAUUUCAUAUGGUAUCAGUCAUCAAUACUGCCAUUACUGUGGUUUGUUACUUACAUUCAUAAUAGAUAGAAAUGUUGAAUUUAAACCAGAGUUUGGGUAUAUAAGGAUGUAACUUUUUCUAUAAAGUUCACAGAUCUGAGA